CAUAGAGAGAGAGAACGCUGUCUUACGUCUAAAGGGAAGGGAGAGGAAGAAGAAGGCAAAGACACUGGACAACCAUGACAGCAAACACCAUCGACCAAGUGAGCAUCGACGAUCUGUGCUGCGCAGGCGGCGGAGUAUUAACCAUAGAGGAGGCCCAACACAUCCACCAACUCAUUAAACAAGCAGUUUCCAAAGCAAAGGCAGAAGCAGGAGGAUCAGGCCAGUUAUGGGCAAGACAAGUGUGGAGAGAGGUGAUGGGCAGAAGAGUGCUAAAGCCAAACUACCCACAUGCACUCCACCAGCUUGUCUACUACUCCGUCUAUGCUCACUGGGAUGCUUCCAUUCUUGGCCCCCCUCUUUACUGGUUCCCUUCUCUACAUGAUUCUAAACUUACACACAUAGGACGAAUAAUGGAAACUCAUGGUCCUACGCUUUUAGGGACUUCAUACAAGGAUCCCAUUGCUAGUUUUAAUCUCUUUCGGGAUUUCACUGCCCACCAUCCUGAGGUUUAUUGGCCAAUCAUUCUAAAAGAACUUGUAGUUACAUUUCGUGAAUCUCCCAAGUGUAUUCUGGAUACCACUGACAAUUCGAGACCCGGGGGAAUUUGGCUUCCCGGUUCGGUUUUGAAUAUUGCUGAAUGUUGCUUAUUACCCUCAAGUCAUCCCAGAAAAGAAGAUGAUAGUUGUGCGAUUGUAUGGAGAGACGAAGGCGAUGAUGAAUCCGAUGUGAACCGUAUGACACUUAAACAACUUCGAGACCAAGUGAUGUUGGUAGCAAAUGCACUAGAGAAAAUUUUCAGAAAGGGUGAUGCCAUUGCUAUUGAUAUGCCAAUGACAGUAAAUGCAGUUAUUAUAUACCUGGCAAUAGUAUUAGCUGGAUUUGUUGUUGUAUCUAUAGCUGAUAGUUUCGCUGCUAAGGAAAUCGCAGUGCGUUUGCGGGUCUCUAAGGCUAAGGCUAUCUUCACUCAGGAUUUUAUACUAAGAGGAGGUCGAAAGUUUCCUUUAUACAGUCGAGUUGUAGAGGCUUCUCCACAUAAAGCUAUUGUGCUCCCUGUGUCUGGGAACGACGUCGGUAUUCAAUUAAGAGAACAAGAUAUAUCAUGGAAAGAUUUUCUUGCCCAUGGCAAUCUGCAUCCAAGACCAACCCAUUUCACUCCAGCUUAUCUACCAAUAGAUUCUGCAAUUAACAUACUAUUCUCUUCUGGAACCACAGGAGAACCGAAAGCUAUUCCAUGGACACAACGUUCGCCUAUUCACUGUUCUUCUGAAGCAUUAGCUCACAUCAAUGUUGGAGUUGGAGAUGUUUACUGCUGGCCAACGAAUCUCGGAUGGGUGAUGGGACCAAUUUUACUCUUCUCUUGCUUUCUAACUGGUGCAACCCUUGCUCUCUAUCAUGGAUCUCCUUUGGGCCGUGGUUUCGGAAAAUUUGUUCAGGAUGCAGGAGUAACAGUUUUGGGCACAGUUCCGAGUUUAGUGAAAACUUGGAAAAAUACAAAGUGUAUGGAAGGCUUGGACUGGACAAAGAUAAAAUCUUUUGCUAGCACCGGAGAAGCCUCUAAUGUCGAUGAUGACCUUUGGCUAUCCUCGAAAUCUUACUACAAGCCCGUUCUUGAAUGUUGCGGAGGCACAGAGCUAGCAUCAAGUUACAUCACAGCGAGUAUGCUGCAGCCACAAGCUUUCGGAGCAUUUAGCACUGCAUCGAUGGCAACUAGUUUUGUUAUCUUGGAUGAACACGGAGUUCCCUAUCCGGAUGAUAAAGCCUGUGUUGGUGAAGUUGGUUUAUUCCCUCUCUACUUUGGAGCAACUGAUAGAUUGCUUAACGCUGAUCAUGAGAAAGUUUACUUCAAGGGAAUGCCAACAUAUAAGGGAAUGCGUCUUAGGAGACAUGGGGAUAUCCUCAAGAGAAUGGUCGGAGGCUACCUUGUUGUUCAAGGAAGGGCUGAUGACACCAUGAAUCUUGGCGGCAUUAAGACAAGCUCUGUUGAAAUCGAACGUGUUUGUGACCGUGCGGAUGAAAGCAUCUUGGAGACUGCUGCAGUCAGCGUGGCACCACCUGAUGGUGGUCCAGAACUGUUGGUGAUUUCCGUGGUUCUAAAGAAAGGGUUUGAUCAACAACCAGGGAAGCUGAAGACGGUACUCUCGAAAGCCAUUCAAGCCAACCUCAACCCCUUGUUCAAGGUGAACAGUGUGAAGAUCAUCCCAGAGUUUCCCAGAACUGCAUCUAACAAAUUGCUUAGGAGAGUCUUGAGGGACCAAGUACAGCAUGAACUGUCUGUCAAAAGCAGGAUGUGAAGGCUGGCAACUUCAUCAAUGCUUCAAGAAUCAUACAUAUAAUAAUAAUGAUCUGAUCUGCCGUUUUCGGAAAUACCGGUUCCGAACGGAACUAGCCGUGUGAUUCAUUUUCUUCUUGCCCCUAAAUUGUUAUCCUAAACUCUAAACAAUAAACUCGUAUUUAG